GAGUGAGGUGUUGGCUCACUUCUAGAUUCUCCGUUGUGGAGGAAGGACUCGAGUUCUGAUACCCAGAGAAUCGACAAUACGUCUGCAUCCGGAGAGGAAAAUUCAUCACCAGUCCAGAAAAACUGAAAGCUGAAAACACAAGAUGAUCUCCAAUUGGGCGCGGAUCCUCGCCCUCGGGAUAGUGGUAGCCCAGAUGGAUGCGGUGCCAACGGGGUUGCUCCAGGAUAUCGUUAAAUCGGAUCAAGUAAUGCGGCCAAAAGCAAAGAGAGCACAGGAGGUGCUCAUGUUCGGUAAUCAACAGAACCGACGAACGGAAAAUCCUGGUGCCUCCAACGUAUUCGCCCCAACAGCGGAAAAACGAACCCUCGGUACUUCUGGCCUGGAGGAUGUCAAAGCUGCUUUGGCAGAGGAUGAGACAUUCAGCCACCCCAAACAGCCCAGUAUUUUUGCUCGGGAGCACCUCCCACCGUACCAGAAUAAUUACGACUAUGGAAAAGUAAUGAUGAACGAAGUCGGAGACGAUCUCCCCAGGAACUGGGACAUGCCGCCUUAUGGUAAUUACUUCGGACUGGACGAGGAUCGGCGGAAGAGAUCAGAAUCGAAAAGUCAGGGCGCCCCAACGUCUGGGGCACCACCACAUCCAACAACUGUGUCACCAUCAUCCACUUCUGCCUCACCCUUGCCAAUAAUCCAGAGCUCGCCACGUUCAUUCAUCCAGACAAAACGAAGUUUGCCUCUCUACCAGGAGCCCAGGUAUAAACGUGCCUUAGAUCGUGAGGACCUCCUGGCGCUCAUCUCCCUCUGGGAAAAUGGACCGAGAGCUAGGAAUUCGAGGAGCUAUGGGAACGACGAGUACGACAAUAUCGAGGACGAUGGAAACCUGAUAGGAUUGGAGGAUGAGGAUCCCAGGGGUGGAUGGCUGGAGGGACCUGUUUAUGCACCCCAUCACUUCAAUUUUGCACCGGAAAUUUCUCCAUCCGAUAUUGGAAUACCGAGAACUCAUCCCAUUAAUUCGUACGAGCAGUACAGCAGUCAGUAUGCACCGGCUUACGAUAAUUCACCCUAUGAUACCACCCAGUACCGGUCAUUGUAUCCUCAUAAUAGUUAUUAUCCACCGGAGAAGCGCUUCGUAGUUUCCAGAAAGCGAUCACAGGGAUACGAUACGUACCUGGGACGCAGUCUUAAUGACAUUGUCAAUUUCUCGCAGAUGAUGAACUCUCAGCGUCAAGGAUAUCCCAAUCUACCCCAGCACUUACUCUAUUAAGUUGAAGGGACUUUAAUCUGAAUUUUUUCCACUGCUGAGGACUAUCUGGUAUUCUAAUUUAACACUUCAAUCUUUUUAUGAUUAAUUCCUCUUGAUAUUCAUUCCAUUGGGAUUUAAAAUUUUGCUACUCUUUCCGAAUUGAAUAUUUCGUAUUCCCUUUCACGUAGAUAGUUGAUUAAUUAAUUAAAGGCGGAAAAUUUUAACAUACCAGCUAGUCUCAUGAGUAAUUAUCGAGAAUUAAUUGGUGAACUAAAUUUUAACAUACCAGCUAGUCUCAUGAGUAAUUAUCGAGAAUUAAUUGGUGAACUAAAUUUUAACAUACCAGCUAGUCUCAUGAGUAAUUAUCGAGAAUUAAUUGGUGAACUAAUAGGGAACAAGAGAGUGCAGGAAAAUAUGGGGCGAUGGGCGAAAAAUUUCAAGUGGGAAUUCUAUCUUUUCUUAUCUAUCGUUUUUCUUUUUUGUUUGUUAGCUUUAUAAUGUCAGUGAUUCUCUAGCCUACCAUUGACAUAAUAAGAAAGUAACAGAUAGAUCUCGUAUUUGGAAUUUACCAAAGUACCGAAGAAUAAUGGAAAAUAAGUAAAACUCUACAACCGUGUCUACUUCCUGCUUUUAGAAGAUAUAAGACGGAAAUCGCUCAGUAAUUUUUUUUAUUACAUGAAAAAAUAUUUGUGGGAAGUUUUGUCUGUUCGUCAAUUACGUGGGAUAAUUAUUUAGCCGAGGAAAAAAUCACAGACUCUAUGGGAAUUCGAUUAUUUAUUCAUUUAUUCCACAUCUCAGUCGUUUGUUAUUAUCUAAAUAUUAAUGCAUUCCUGCAAAUUAACUUAUUGAACUCUCGUGCAACUGAUCCGCUAUAAUUUAAUUAUUAAAAAAAAACAAUGAAAAUUACACCGAGCGAUCAAAGACUGUUUACCAAUGACAUAUGCAAAAAAAAUGUCUCGAUUAUUGUCGCAUAUGGAUGUCAUUUAAUUGUUUUCUCUCGUUAUUCCACUGAGUGUUACGAUUAUUUAUCUAUCGAUCGUGAGUGUGCAAUCACAAAAUAUAGCUUGGUAUUUUAAAUUAAUUGUUAACCAAUCGCCUAUUAACAAACACGUAAAAUAUAAUUUUGCAAUGCUCAAGAUAUCCUCACUCCCGAGUUACUAAAUAACAACAAUAAAAAAUAUAAAAACCGAAAAAGCGAAAAAA